AUGCCCAGCGUUAAAGAUGAAUCUGAGCCCGAAGGCGAAGAAAUGUCACACGACAGUAACAACAGUGACCAAAGUUCGGCGUCCUGUGACAGCAGUGCAGAUCACAGUGACAGCGAUGACUCCUCGGAGAUGGAUGAGGAUGAGUGUGAGAGGCGAAGGAGCGAAUGUAUGGAAAAUUUGGUAGACUUGGAGAGACAGUUUACUCUGCUGAAAGAACAGUUGUACAGAGAAAGAAUUACUCAGGUGGACACAAAAUUAAGCGAAGUAAAAGUGGGAAAGUCAGAAGAGUAUCUGAUGCCUUUGGAGCUUUUGAACCAAAAUAUGAAAACAAGGACAGAAGUAGCGGGAAUUCUUAAACAGUUAAGAUUACAAAAUAUUGAAAAUCAGUUUCACGCCGAAGAGCAAGCGGCCAAACAGAAUUUUGAAAGCGAGAAAAGACUCGUGUGGGAAGCUAUUUAUAAUGAUCUUCAGGACAAAAUCCGCAGGCUGGAGGAAGACCGCAAUAAUGUAGACAUUAAUGAGGACUUGAUGUUCAACUCCAGUAGCAGAAGGCGUCGAAGUCACACGGACAGACGCAGAGCGGUUUCAGUAACCGGACCUUACAUUGUUUAUAUGCUCAACGACUCAGAGAUCCUCGAGGACUGGGCGUUGAUUAAAAAGAGCUUAAGCAGUCGGAAAGCUGAGAUUCUUUGA